UUCGCUAUAAGUAUCUUGCAUAUUUCUCGCUUUCUCAGCCGUCCCGCCUCCUCUCCCUCAUCCUCUCUCUUUCUCCCACACACACGCGCCCACGCGCCCACGCGCGCUCGCAUAUACACUCACACACGUUUUGCUGUCGAUCUGCUAAUUGGUUGAUCCGCCAUGGAGACGCAGUCGGCGGCAGCAUACCCUCAUGGGGCCAUGGAGAAGCGCCCUAGAAAGAGGCCGAGGCUGACCUGGGACAUGCCCCCUCUUCUACCGCUCGUGGCACCUUCUACUCUGUACUGUAGACAGGAAUUUGUGAAUGGUUAUGGUGUAAAUUAUGCAAUCUCGUCCUACUACUACAAUGAAUUGCAUCAUCAUGCAUCUCCUCCCUGGAGAGCGGAUGAUAAAGAUGGCCAUUAUGUGUUUGGAGUUGGCGAGAAUCUAACACCCAGAUAUAGAAUACUCAGCAAAAUGGGCGAAGGUACCUUCGGUCAAGUAUUAGAAUGCUUGGACUUGGAAAGGAUGGAACCAGUGGCAAUUAAAAUUGUGCGUUCAAUUUUGAAAUACCGUGAAGCUGCCAUGAUUGAGAUUGAUGUUCUUGAAAGGCUUGCAAAACAUGAUCCUGGCGGUUCUCGUUGUGUACAAAUACGGAAUUGGUUUGACUACCGUAAUCAUAUAUGUAUUGUUUUUGAAAGGCUUGGUCCAAGCUUAUAUGAUUUUCUUCGGAAGAAUAGUUAUCGUUCUUUCCAGAUUGACCUAGUUCGGGAGCUUGGGAGACAGCUUUUGGAUUCAGUAGCUUUUAUGCAUGAAUUGCGGCUUAUUCACACUGAUCUAAAGCCUGAGAACAUCCUUCUUGUUUCAUCGGAGUACAUUAGGGUCCCCGAUUAUAAGAUGCAAACAUCGUCAAGAUACUCUAAGGAUGGUUCAUCUUUUAAGAAUGUACCGAAAUAUAGUUCCAUUAAACUUAUUGACUUUGGGAGUACAUCAUUUGAACAUCAAGAUCAUAGCUAUGUGGUGUCGACACGUCACUAUAGGGCGCCUGAAGUUAUUCUUGGACUUGGAUGGAACUCUCCUUGUGAUUUAUGGAGUGUUGGCUGUAUCUUGGUUGAACUUUGCUCGGGAGAGGCGCUUUUUCAAACUCAUGAAAACUUGGAACAUCUUGCAAUGAUGGAGAGGGUUUUAGGCCCAUUGCCCAUGCAUAUGAUUCGGAAUGCAGACAGGCAUGCCGAAAAAUAUUUUAAGCGAAACUUGCGGCUAGACUGGCCUGAAGGAGCAACUUCCAGGGAAAGCAUGAGGGCAGUUGGAAAAUUGCCUCGUCUCCAGAACCUUAUAAUGCAGCAUGUUGAUCAUUCAGCAGGUGAUCUCAUUGAUCUUCUUCAAGGACUUCUCCAUUAUGAUCCUGCUGAGCGUCUAAAAGCUCAGGAAGCCCUCCGCCACCCAUUCUUCACCAGAGAUUAUAGAAGGUAGUGUUGCUUGUUUAGCUAAACCAGUUCUUCUCAGAAAGCAAGCAGAGACAGAUGAAUCAAGCAGUUGGUUUUCUUCAGAAACUUGAAGCCAUGAAGUUGGUUCCAGGGCUUAGCUGGGCCUUAAACGAGAAAGUUAUCCGCCCAAAUCUUUGAUUAUUUACUAGCUUGUGGGGGUUGUCUAUAUAACUGAUCAAGCACCGGGAAGGUAUGCAUCUAAAUCUUCCAGUUUCCAAUGGCUUGUGGAAAUUUCCUGAGGUGUGGUAAGUUUUUUAAGCUCUUCAAGGAAAAAAUUAAGGUGGUAAACAGUUUAAUAAAAAUAUAGUUAGACUGAACAUCAAAUUUUUGGAUUUUAAGAUGAGCGUAAUAUAAAUU